AUGUUCUUCUUGCCGGCUCUUCCGGCUGUCUGCUCAGUCCCUGUAGGGCGCCUGGUCUGGAAGCGUUUCUGGAGCAGGAGUUUCUCCGCCGCCGAGAUGACGAAGGGCCUUGUUUUAGGAAUCUACUCCAAAGGCAAAGAAGAUGAUGUGCCACCGUUUACAAGCGCAGGAGAGAAUUUUAAUAAAUUAGUCUCCGGAAAGCUGAGAGAACUUUUGACCAUAUCUGGACCCCCUCUGAAGGCGGGCAAAACCCGAACCUUUCAUGGUCUGCAUCAGGACUUCCCCAGCGUGGUGGUUGUCGGCCUCGGCAAAAAAGCAGCUGGAGUCAAUGAGGAGGAGAACUGGCAUGAAGGCAAAGAGAACAUCAGAACCGCUGUGGCAGCGGGCUGCAGGCAGAUCCAAGACCUGGAGCUCUCUUCUGUGGAGGUGGACUCCUGCGGAGACGCUCAGGCUGCUGCGGAAGGCACCUUCCUCGGGCUCUACGAGUAUGACGAACUGAAGCAGAGUAGGAAGAUGGGGGUGUCUGCACAGCUCUAUGGAAGUGGGGACCAGGAGGCUUGGCAGAAAGGAUUCCUUUUUGCUUCGGGGCAGAACUUGGCACGCCACUUGAUGGAGUCGCCGGCCAAUAAGAUGACGCCCACCAGAUUUGCGGAAAUCAUUGCACAGAAGCUCAAAGAUGCUAGCGGUAGCACUGAGGUCCACAUCAGACCCAAGUCUUGGAUGGAGGAACAGAAAAUGGGGUCGUUCCUAAGUGUGGCCAAAGGGUCCGAUGAACCACCAGUCUUCCUAGAAAUUCACUACAAGGGCAACCCCAAUGCAAGUGAACCACCACUGGUGUUCGUUGGAAAGGGAAUCACCUUCGACAGUGGUGGCAUCUCUAUCAAGGCUUCUGCAAACAUGGAUCUCAUGAGGGCUGACAUGGGCGGAGCCGCGACCAUCUGCUCCGCCAUCGUGACAGCUGCAAAGCUCAAGGUUCCAGUUAACAUCAUAGGUUUGGCCCCUCUUUGUGAAAACAUGCCCAGUGGUAAGGCCAACAAGCCAGGAGACGUCGUCUCUGCCAAGAAUGGAAAGACCAUACAGGUUGACAACACUGACGCGGAGGGCAGGCUCAUCCUCGCUGAUGCACUCUGCUACGCACACACCUUCAACCCAAAGCUCAUCAUCAACGCUGCCACCCUAACAGGUGCCAUGGACAUAGCUCUGGGGUCCAGUGCCACGGGCGUCUUUACCAAUUCGUCUUGGCUAUGGAACAAGCUCUUUGAGGCCAGCAUCGAGACAGGUGACCGGGUCUGGAGGAUGCCUCUCUAUGAACAUUAUACCAGACAAGUUGUAGAUUGCCAGCUUGCUGAUGUCAAUAACAUAGGGAAAUACAGGUCUGGGGGGGCCUGUACAGCUGCAGCCUUCCUGAAGGAAUUUGUGACUCACCCUAAGUGGGCUCACUUAGACAUCGCAGGUGUGAUGACCAACAAGGACGAGAUCCCGUACCUAAGAAAAGGCAUGACUGGGAGGCCCACGCGGACGCUAAUCGAGUUCUUACUUCGGUUCAGUCAAGAGGAGGCUACAGCUUAG